CAUUUUCAUUCAAUUCUGUCAAUAGAAUUUAAAUUUCUUAAAACACUUUAUUUGUGUUUCAAAUCCAUUUCUUUUUGCAUAUUUAGUGAAAAUUGAUCUCCUUAACAAACUCCAAACAUAUUUAUUCUGAUGCGAUUUCUAAGCAUCUCAGACUUUCAUUUAGACCAGUUUUGCUGUUUUCAUCAUUUGUUCAAAUGUGAUGAGGUCAAAUAUAAUUUAAGACUUUUGUUUCAUACAGUGAUUGUCAUCCACAAUCCUCGUCAGAGGAGAAGACGGAGCAAACAAGAUCCUCCUCAGAUGAGGAUUGUUCUUCUGGGUUGGAGCGUGUCUGAAAACAGUCUGGUGGGAAACUUCAUAUUAGGACGAGCAGCGUUUGACAGUGAAGCUCCUCCAGAUGUUGUAGAGAGAGUCGCAGGAAGACUGAAGGACAGACACGUGAUCAUCAUCAACAGUCCUCAGCUGCUCCAGACCAACAUCUCAGAUCAUCAGAUCACACAGACAGUGAGAGAGUGUGUCCAUCUGUCUGAUCCAGGACCUCAUGUGAUCGUUCUGCUCCUCAAACAUGAGCCGUGUUCAGCAGAAGAUCAAGAGCGUGUGGAGAAGGUGCUGCUCUCUUUCUCUGAGCGCGUUUAUCAACACACCAUGGUGCUCAGCACACGAGAGCCACUGAAACCAAUGACAUCCUGCAGAAAAUCAUUCAGAAAUGUGCAAACAGACACUUCAGUCUUCAGACGAGCAGCUCUCCUCAUGAUCUUCUGCAGAUGCUUGAGGACAUUGUGAAGAUGAAUGAUGGACGACACCUGGAUUGUGCUGAAGAAGGUGUGAAGCUGAAUCUGGUUGUGUGUGGGAGCGACGAGACAUUAAAAUCCUCCAUAUCAGAGCAGAUCCUGCAGCAGACAGACAGAAGAUCAGAUCGUCUUUAUGUAGAUUACGUAGCCAGGCUGUGAUCAAUCAAUAAAUCACAACAAUCCCACACUGCCAAUGUGAUACAGACACAGACACAGUGAUUGAAUGUUAACACCAAGUCUAAAUGCAGCCUAAGAACAACAAAAGUAUUGACUUUUAGUUCUGUUCAUCUUUGUUAGAUUCAUGGUUACUGUUAAAAUACACUGAAAAAUGAAAAAUGUCAUUAUUUACUCACCCUCAUGUGAAAUAGAUUUAACAGAAUCAAAACCGUGUCUGCUUGAUUUGAAGGAACCAAUGAGAUUUACAAGCACAUUUAAACUUACCAUACUUUUACCAUAUUUGAUGCAUUUAUUCUGAAUAAUCGACUAUCAGUAUCAGUGGAGAAAUUUAAUAUCUGUAGCUCUCUACUUUUUUCAUAUGUAUUUUUGAUCCCCUUCUGUCAUGUAGCCUGUAACACCAUUGGUCAAAAGUGAAAUUGCUUGCAAAUUCCUUGUUUUGCUAAAUUAUCACCAAAUAUUGGAUUCAAUACAGGUUACAGAUCAGUUACAAGCCCAACUCUGA